UUCCGAAGUCAGUCAAUUUCGACGUGACAAGAAAGCCUGAAGGCACGAACGAGCCAGUCAAGACAGUGUCCGGACUUGGUGGCGGGCGCUCUUCUCGGAUCGCCAAGUCUUAAACAAGCAAAGGAUUCUUGUGACCGACAACGACGCAGAACUUGCUCCGAUAUCUGCAUUGCUCCGCCAUAUCACCGCUAUCAGUCUGUUCGCCAAUGCAACAAUCUCUGCGACGACGCGCACCUGGGCUUCGGAUUGCCGGCGAUCGUUUCGAGUGCAUUGCCGUGCUUGGUUCCAGCCCAUUCAGCAUGGUCUAUCUUGCGAGAGGCAUUCCUCAAAGCCCAGGUCUUGUCGACUCAUUCUCGUCCUCAUCGUCGAGUACAUCAAGCCAGCACAAUCAGUUUGCUAUCAAGUGCCUUGAUAAAAUCUCUUGCGACGACAUUCAACGAAACUGUCAAAAGCGCGAGGCUUCUCUCCACGCCACCGUGUCCCAUCACCCCUCCGUCGUCACCUUGCUCGAGGUUAUCGACCGAGAGGCAGACAAGUAUCUUUAUCUGGUCCUCGAGCACUGCCCCGACGGCGAUCUGUUCAACAUGAUCGCUAUGCAAGAGCGGUACACCACCGCAUGGCAGGAAGAUACCGGGUCUGCCAUCGGCCUCGGUAUUGAGCUUGAGCCGGACGGCGCAGACACUCACGAGCAGAGAGAGGGAUUGCAGGCUGACCAAUACAAUGGCAACCAUGAGGGACAGCGAGGUCGUCAACAUCAGGACGAAGAGAGGGCACGGACCGAGUUGGAAAGCCUUAUCAAGCACGUCUUUGCGCAGAUCAUUGACAGUGUCAAGUACUGCCACAGUCAAGGCAUAUUCCAUCGCGACCUCAAGCCGGAAAAUAUCCUGUGUCUAGAAGGGGGUACAAAGGUCGUCCUCGCCGACUUUGGGCUGGCGACAAGCGAGACGAGGAGCAAAGACUUGGGUUGUGGCAGUGCCAUCUAUAAGAGCCCCGACAGCUUUGGCGGCAUCGACAACGAAAUGUCCGACUACGAUACGGCAGCGAACGACGUGUGGGCGCUCGGCGUGUUGCUGAUCAACCUCAUUUGUCGCCGCAAUCCUUGGAAGCAGGCAACGAUGUCCGACACGACUUUUCGUGAAUAUGUGCGGCGCCCCGAUGUCCUCUUGGACAUUCUGCCCCUCUCGCAACAAAUGUACGAGGUUCUCAUACGUGUCUUGACCGUGCACGAGGACGAGCGUUGCAGCCUCGACGAACUGGCAAGCAUGGUCGACUCUCUCGAGUCGUUUAUUGUUCCCGACAAAGUCGAGAGAAGACGGCCCCUGGAUGAGCCCAAGAGCGCAAGCAUGUCCCCUGAUCCGGUGAUGAGCUGGAAUCGAGGUCGCCGAGAGCAGCAGCGCGAAAGAGCAAAUUCCAAGGACCGUCUUUAUUCUCGCGGUGCUCGACGAGGCUCCCAGCUCGACAUCGAGCAAGCGGCGGAGUUUGUCGAGGAGCGUCUUCAGCCCAGCGGUGAAGUAGGCAAUACGUUUCCUCUCAUUCCCGUCAGGUUGCACCGCAUUAGCUCAGUUGGAUCAACAGCAGAGAACUGAGUCUCGGUGCCACAGUCGCCGCCGCACCGAGUGUCCAGCAGUGCUGUACCGCAACAGUGCUUAAGCUGCCACUACAUAGUCCUGAG